AACACAAUCGAAUUUUGAGUGACAAAAAUCAAAAUAAACAAACUGUUCUAGAAGCUUCUUCUAAUUUUCCCCCUUUCAGUGUCUUUCACGGAGAAGAAGGAAUCCUCUUUUCACAAAUCGAAUAAUUCAAUCUCUUUCUAUCUUCUUAUCUAGGAAAAGAACGAUAAAAUUCUGCAGAAAUUGCAGUUGAGUAUGGCAGGAAGAGAGGUUCGAGAAUACACCAAUCUUACCGACCCCAAAGAUAAGAAAUUAGGUAAAGGAAAAGAUAAGAUUGAUGAUGAAGACGUUACUUUCCAACGUAUGGUUGCAAAGGGAUCCUGGCUUCCUGUAUUGGCUGGCUGAUGCAAGCAGAUGCAAGAAGUAGCUGGGGAGCGUGGAGGUUAUCUUCACGGGCGAGGCGCCUUGGACAGUGACGAUCUACUAUAUCUCAAGGAGCAAAUGGAAGCAGAGGAGGAUGCAGAACGCCUCUUGCGUCGUACUGAAAAACGAGCAUUUGCAGCUUUUAAGAGAGCAGCAAGUUUAGCAGAUUCUUCACCUGCAUCAUUACCGUUACCGUUACGUGUUGAACCAAAGCCAAAGAGCGGCAUUAGGCAACAAGAUCUGCUGAAAAAAGUUGUUGAGAUUAAACCUAAGCGACCAAGGUCUGAAAGCAAUAAGCCAACACAAGCGCCUAGUGACGCUUCUAUUACAAAUCAUGGGCGUGAUCGUGAUAAUUUGAAAGACAAUGAUCAGUCUUUAUCAGGACCAGCGAAAUUUGAGGAGCAAUCUUUUUCUGGAUCAAAGAAAGUAGAGGAACAUCCUACGGCAGAGAUGCAUGAAAGUGAAACUAAGCCUAAGGUUGAUAACUCUGGCGGCGGGGGGUUACUAGGCCUAGCGUAUGCUAGCUCAGAUGAUGAUGAUGAAUGAUCGACAAUACUUCUGAAGCAGAUCACUUUUUCAGUCGUUGUCUUUGUAGUUUUAGUACAAAUUGCUUGAAACUAAGAGGAAGUAAUGAAUUGUAGUGAAGAUGUCUAAAAGAUAUUUUCCAUUGCAUGAAACAUUUAGGAAGAAGAUUGUAAAAGAAGAAAAUGAAGAACUAGAACAUUAAUAUACAAGUAGAUGUCAGAUACAAUUUUGUACGUGUUCAUUAAAUCUUAAUGUGCCGAUUUUGUUUUUCUUGCCA